AUGGUCGGGUCCUUCGUUCUCGACCCGAAAGCGACGAACCCGUACACCACUCCGCAAGGCACACGUAUCCACUCGCAAAUCCUGGGGGGCAACUUCACAGACCUGUCUGGGAAACUGGUUGCCACAUUGUUCCCGACGUCGGAGAACGGCAGGAUGCUGGCGGACGGCACCUUCUACCCUGAGACCACCUUCAUCCUGAACUUCGUGGCGGAGAACAAACUCGCAUACGUCCGCCUGAGGGGUGUCGGCGUAUUUGGCUCGGGGGAGUACCUCUACGCGCAUAUCGAGACGGAGUCGCAGACGUACGGCUUCCUGAACACCCGUUUCAUCAUCGCGAACAACAGCAUUCCUGCGGACUCCCCCCUCACCCCGCAAGUCACUCUGUUCGGCUUGGUGUAG